UAGUUGCUGCUGCUCGCUCCUAGUUUUUGUGGUGUGGUGGAUUUUUGGUCAGUUGAUGAUUUCCUUAUCAAUCUGCCAAUAAUCUAUUGUUUGUGAAGUAAUGGAAGGAAUGACAUUUGUGUAGUUAACUAAUAUUUGGAAAUAUUUAUCCUUUCGUGUUAUAAUUAUUGAACGGGGGGAGUCAAAUUCUAGUCAAAUUUCAUAAAUCGGUGGUGUAGUUCAAUUUUUUUUUAAAUUUGAUCUAUUUAAAAAGUAGGAGGAUUAUUGAAGUUGACAUUUGUGGUGAAAAUCAAUUAUUUGGAACGUAAAUUAAAUUUUGUCAGUAGGUCGUACGAUUACUUAAUUCAUGUUAAAAUACCCACAAGAUUUCAUCAUUAAUUUGUGAAGACUGCUAAAAAUAGCAUUUGUUGACAUAAAUUAGAAGACGAGUGACGAGAGGAAGUGUACAAACGUUUAGUUCUAAUUGGACACUGUUUUAUAUAAAAAUAGAGUAAAAAUGGAAGCCCUGAUUCCUGUUAUCAAUAAAUUGCAAGAUGUUUUCAACACUAUUGGAUCCGAAUCAAUUCAGUUACCUCAGAUUGUGGUGGUUGGAACUCAGAGUUCCGGUAAAAGUUCCGUCCUCGAGUCGUUGGUCGGGCGUUCAUUUCUUCCUAGAGGUACAGGGACGGUGACGAGAUGUCCGACAGUACUUCAAUUAAUUUAUAGUCCAAAGGAGGAUCGAGAAUAUAGAACUGCACGCGAUGGAACACUUGAAGCUGACGAAUGGUGCAAGUUUCUCCACAAACCGGACAAAGUGUUCACAGAUUUUGAACUAGUUAGAGAAGAAAUUGAACGGGAGACAGACCGAAAGGCAGGAAACAAUAAGGGAAUUUGCGCCGAGCCAAUUAACCUCAAAGUGUACUCGACUAAAGUCGUCAAUCUUACUGUGGUCGAUUUACCCGGAAUUGUCAAAGUGGCUGCUGGAGAUCAACCUGAAGACAUUGAGGCACAAAUCAACGAACUAAUUUUACAGUACAUCAAGAAUCCAAACUGUAUAAUUUUGGCCGUUUCGCCAGCUAAUAAUGACAUGGCCACAUCAGAAAGUUUAAAAUUGGCGAAAGAUGUGGAUCCUGAAGGGAGAAGAACACUCGCCGUAAUUACAAAGCUAGAUUUGAUGGAUGCUGGAACGGAUGCAGUCGAUGUACUUUGCGGUCGCGUAGUUCCCGUCAAAUUGGGAAUUUUGGGGGUUGUCAACCGAUCUCAGUUGGACAUACAAAAUAAUAAAUCUAUCGACGACGCUUUGAAAGAUGAAGCUGCCUUUUUGCAACGCAAGUAUCCCACUCUGGCGUCAAGAAAUGGGACGCCAUAUCUGGCCAAGACACUUAAUCGACUUUUGAUGCAUCACAUUCGGGACUGUUUACCAGAACUGAAGACUCGUGUAAAUGUGAUGAUUUCUCAAUUUCAAACCAUGAUGCAAUCUUAUGGGGAAGAUGUUAGAGAUAAAUCGCAAACUUUGUUGCAAAUCAUAACGAAAUUUGCUUCUGCAUAUAACUGUACAAUAAAUGGGACAGCGAGGAACAUUGAGACUACAGAGCUCUGCGGGGGUGCCAGGAUUUGCUACAUUUUCCAUGAAACCUUCGGAGCGACGUUACAAUCUAUCGAUCCGAUAAGUGGACUUAGCAAGCUGGAUAUUCUCACGGCUAUUCGGAAUGCUACGGGGCCAAGACCUGCACUUUUUGUGCCUGAGGUCACAUUCGAGCUGCUGGUGAAAAGGCAAAUUCGCCGUCUGGAGGAACCUUCCCUCCGAUGUGUGGAACUCGUACAUGAAGAAAUGCAACGAAUAAUCCAGCAUUGCGGGACAGAAAUUCAACAAGAAAUGUUACGAUUUCCUAAAGUUCAUGAGAGUAUAAUUGACGUUGUGACACAAUUACUAAGGACCCGACUUCCAAGGACAAAUGACAUGGUUGAAAAUCUCGUAGCGAUAGAGUUAGCUUAUGUGAACACGAAACAUCCCGAUUUUCAUCGCGAAACAGACGUUCUUCUUCGCUCUUCAGAUACUCACAAUAGCCAUUUCCAUGAACAAGAGAAACGGCGAAUGCAGCGACAGCAGAUGCAAACUUCUGGGAUGAUUCCAGUUUCGAGUAUGAAUGGCGGUGGGGAGCAGGAUCCUCAAGCUCCCAUGAAAACUUGGUUCGGCAAUGUUCUUAUGAAUGCCAAAAGUUCUGUUGAAAACUCCCCAAUGCACUCUCAAACACCGAAUACUCCCAUCCAGUCUCAAGCACUAACCCCUGCGAUGGCCGGUAUGAAUAUGAAUAACGUCGUCACCAACGGACCACGACCUCAUGAUGGGAGUGGAGAUCCGAGCAAAUCGCCGAAAAAGCAAGUUGUGAAUUUGACCUCGGCUGUAGAUGCAGACUCAGCCGGGUAUCAACUAUCUGAGAAGGAACAGCGAGACUGUAAAAUUAUCGAGAAGCUGAUUAAAUCGUACUUUUUUAUUGUGAGGAAAUCCAUUCAAGACACUGUCCCGAAAGCAAUCAUGCACUUCUUGGUGAAUUAUGUGCAGGACAAUCUUCAAUCUGAAUUGGUGAGUCAAUUGUACAAACAAGAUAGAAUUGACGGUCUCUUGGCAGAGUCGGAACAUAUAGCGCAAAGGAGAAAGGAAGCCGCAGACAUGCUCAAGGCAUUACAACGAGCAAGUUUAAUUAUUAGUGAAAUCCGGGAAACGCACAUGUGGUGAAGAAUCAUUCGAGUAUUGGUGAUAGUUCGUAGCGUGUUAAUACAAAAUUUCCUAAGAAUAGUCAGUCAUCCGGUUAAGCGUAGUCAAAAAAUUUAUUUCAAAUUAGUUGUAAAUCUGAAUAUUUGAUCAUUUACUAUUAUGAUAUUCCAACCUAUUUAUGUCGUCGUGUGAUAUAGAUUUUUAAUUAUUAAUCUAAAUAGCACUCGUAGUUCUAUUUAAUAGAAAUGUAGUAACGCAAAUUUUCGAAAAUGUGUAUUAGGAGAUUGAAAAUUGGUGUGAAUACAAAUAAACUAAUACAAUUUCACUAUAUGCAUUUGUAGCAAUGAACUGGUUUGUUAGGUUAUGCGUGCAAGUUAUGCGUUGUGGAUAGAGAAAACCUGUACGAAAUUACUGGUAAUGUUUACAAAAAGGGUGGUUAUGUAUUAGACUUUUUUUGUUUCGUACGAAACGAAUCAAACAUCAGAAGAGAUUGACUGUAUUUAUUACAUAAACUAUUCCACAAUAUGUGCAUAUGUAUGUCGUUCUUCUAAGAUUGGAUUUGAGUUCAAGUUAAAUUUUGCCAAAAAUACAUAUAUACAUACAACAAAUAUAUUGUAGUCACUGAUGAACAAUUAACUUGUAAUGGUUUCUUAGUACUUACAUACAAAUAUAUGCUCGUAAAUAUACAUGCUACACUCAAGAAAUGUACAAGAAAUGUAAUAAAUAAAUUUUCUUGUUUCGCUUA